AUGCAGAAAUCAUCUCUCACAGUCUACUUGCUCAUGGAUAUAAGAAGGAAUGUAGAUGGUUCUUCAGUAGAUUCAGCUGGAUAUGAUGUGAUAGAUGAAUGGGGGAGAGUGAUCCCCGAUCCAGACAGAUGGCCUUCUUCUAAGGGUGGUAAAGGGUAUUCUGAAGUAGCCAAGAAAGUUCAUGCCAUGGGUUUGAAGUUUGGGAUUCAUGUCAUGAGGGGAAUAAGUACACAGGCAGUCAAUGCAAAUACACCAAUCUUGGACGUCACAAAGGGAGGUCCUUACGAGGAGUCUGGUAAACAAUUUAAUGCUCAUGAUAUAGGACGUGGAGACAGGGCUUGUUCUUGGAUGUCACAGUGUUUCACGCUUGUAGAUACCAAUUCAGGAGCUGGAAAAGCCUUUUUGAGGUCAUUAUAUCACCAGUAUGCGGCAUGGGGCGUGGAUUUUGUAAAGCAUGACUGCAUUUUUGGUGAUGACUUGGAUGUAGAUGAGAUAAGAACUGUGUCAGAGAUCUUGAGGGAGCUUGACCGCCCCAUCGUGUAUUCCAUCUCUCCCGGAACCCAUGCAACACCUGCCAUGGCCAAGAAUGUAAAUAAUUUCGUGAAUAUGUAUAGGAUAACUGCAGAUGAUUGGGAUAAGUGGGAAGACGUAGCGGGACAUUUCAGUGUAUCAAGGGACUUUGCUAAUGGUGGCAUGAUAGGAGCCAGUGGUUUGCAGGGGAAGUCAUGGCCUGACUUAGAUAUGCUACCACUGGGGCAGCUUACUGAUCCAGGUGCCAAAGAAGGGCCACAUAGACCAUCCAAUCUCAAUUUAGAUGAGCAAAGAACUCAGAUGACUCUAUGGUCUAUGGCCAAAUCACCUCUCAAGUUUGGGGGUGAUGCAAGGGAAAUUGAUAUGAGCACAUACAAUCUCAUCACAAAGCCUAUAUUAUUGGAAAUAAAUUCUUUUAGCACAAACAAUAUGGCGUUUCCUUACAUCUCUGGCUCAAAAGUUCAAAGUGGAAAAAGGUUCACGCCAAACAAUCUAAAAGCCUGA